GAACAUACGCUCUUUUCUUCUCUUGCGAAAUUUUUCCAUCCACAAUAAAUUUUGUUAAAGUUUAGAACUUCAGAACGAUCUUCCUAUACUUAUUGAGCCUUCUCUACGCGGCAUUCGUUGUUGAAAAGAAAAAGAAGGGCUGCGAUCGAUCAGUGCAAGUAAUCAAUCUUCGAAAUUGAUAAUGUUGGAAGAAAGUUAGUUGAUAUCACUACAAGUUUACGCAGCUUUAUUGAAUCUGAAGGUUUAAUCACGUGUUCGCAUAUUUUCCUUUAUAUUGAGUAAUGUUGCUGUUUUGCCCUAAUUGUAGUAACAUUUUAUUGGUGGAACAGGGAGUUUCUAACUAUCGAUUUUCAUGUAACACUUGCCCCUACAUAUUCAAUAUCAAUAAGAAAACAUCAACGAAAACCUUUCCACGUUUAAAAGAGGUGGAUCAUGUUAUGGGCGGUGCUGCAGCGUGGGAGAAUGUAGAUUCCACAGAUGCUGAUUGCCCCGCUUGUUCUCAUAAGAAGGCGUAUUUCAUGCAAAUGCAAACUCGUUCAGCCGACGAACCCAUGACAACGUUUUACAAAUGCGCUAAUCAACUGUGCGGUCAUAAUUGGCGCGAUUAAAGAGAACAAAUUU